AUGAAGCAUUGCUGUCCUUUUCCUCGUUCAGGUCAGGGCUUCUGCACAGGUAUGAGAGGGACCUACGAUCCACUGCUCGGGGCGCAGGUUGUGCAAAGAGCUGCUGCGCAAGGAAGUGUUCUCCAUCAGCUAUCUUCGAUUUGGCAAGGGAUCGAACCUUUCGUCUUCCUUGGAGCAGCUGUUGGUUUGGGUUGGGCAGCAUGGACGUACUACGAUCGUAAGGCGGCUAUGCGCACCUACGGACGCCACAUCACCGGCAAGGGAGUCGGACUGGUUGUUGGCCGUGAUGAUGAGAUCGACCGCGUUAUUUCCAUCCUCUGCCGCAAGACCAAGAACUGCGCCGCGCUAGUUGGCCACGCGGGGGUUGGCAAGUCUGCCAUCGCUGAGGGCCUCGCGCAGCGCAUCGCCACCGGUAAGGUACCUGCUGCACUUGCUGGGGCACGUGUUGUGGAGAUCGACCUCGGGGCCAUGGUUGCCGGGACCGUUUUGCGCGGUAUGUUUGAAGAGCGAAUGAAGAGCGUCAUAAAGCAGGCAGAGAAUGUAGGCGGCAAGAUAAUUCUCUUCAUUGAUGAGAUGCAUGUGCUUCCUCGUGCUGGUGAUAGCCACGGAAAUACAGACGCUUCCAGCUUGCUGAAGCCGGCUUUGGCCCGUGGUCGUAUCCGCUGUGUAGGUGCGACGACUUUUGAUGGUUACCGCAAUUGCAUUGAGAAGGAUCCUGCACUUGAGCGGAGAUUCCAGAAGGUGCACAUCGAGGAGCCAAGCAUGCAGGUGACAAUUGGCAUACUGCAGGGGCUAAAGCAGCAGUACGAACAGCAUCAUGGCUUGGAAAUCCAAGAUUCUGCUCUUGUUGCUGCUGCCCAGCUUGCUGCCCGCUACAUCACCGGUCGUCAAUUUCCGGAUAAGGCUAUUGAUCUGAUUGAUGAGGCAUGCACUGCCAAAAUAAAAAGGGCGAUCUCUGAAAAUUCAUUGAAGGGAGCAGCUGUUGAACCAAAUGAUGUCGCACAAGUUGUGAGCCAAUGGACUGGAAUUCCUGUAUGUGCACUUGAGCAAGAGGAAACGGAUAAGUUAAUCCACCUAGCGGACAGGCUUCAUGAGCGAGUUGUUGGCCAGGAUGAAGCGGUAAAUGUGGUUGCUGAAGCAGUGGUAUGUUCUAUGACUGGCCUUGAUCAUCCGGGCCAACCCAUAGGAUCUUUCCUCUUCUUGGGCUCAACUGGUGUUGGAAAGACAGAGCUUGCAAAAGCUCUCGCUGAACAGCUAUUUGCGAGUGAGAAGAUGUUGGUUCGCUUUGACAUGUCUGAAUAUGUUGGCAGUGGAUCUAUUUUGCGACUCAUUGGAGCACCCCCAAGCCAUGAUGGCUAUGAUGACGGCGGGCAACUGACUGAGAAAGUUAGGAAUCGCCCAUACAGUGUGAUCCUUUUCGAUGAGGUAGAGAAGGCAGAUCCCUCGGUGUUGAACAUUUUUAUUCAACUUCUUGAUGAUGGUGUGUUGACCGAUGGCAAAGGACGGACGGUAGAUUUCAAGAAUACCAUCAUCAUUAUGACCUCAAAUAUAGGAGCAGAGCACCUCAUGGCAGGAAUGGCUGGAGAAAUCACAAUGGAUGCUGCACGUGACCUUUUGAUGAAACAGGUUCAGAAACACUUCAAGCCUGAGUUCCUGAACAGGCUGAGUGAGAUUGUGGUAUUUGAGCCCCUUUUGCAUGACAACCUGAAGGAGAUUGUGAAAAUCCAAAUGAAGAGUGUGAUUGCGAGGGUGGCUGACAAGGGCAUCUCUCUUUUCGCAAGUGAUGCCGCAUUGGACGUCAUUUUAUCGGAAUCAUACAACCCAAUGUAUGGUGCGAGGCCCAUAAGGAGAUGGUUGGAGAAGAAUGUGGUGACUAAGCUGUCCCUGAUGCUGAUGAAAGGUGAAGCCAGUGAAGGCUCGACGAUCUCCAUCGAUGCCACAGACGACAAGAAGAAGCUCAAGUAUGAAGUAGUAGCGAAGAAGGUCGAACUUCCCGGUGAGUGUGACACUGACAGCGGUCGUAUGGCGGCUGUGGUCAGUCCCAUGAAAAGAAUUGUGUCUCUGUUAGCGAGCGACCCUGACAGUAAAGCAUCCUCACGAGCCUGCGUUCAAGCCCUUGUAACGGGAGUCGGGAAUGUGUGA